CAUACCAUGUGGAUAUGUAAUUUUAUUCUUUUCCUCCAUGAUACCAUGUUGAUGCGUUCAGAUAGAUACAAGUAUGUACAUGUAUGCUGACUUCAGACAACCUUCCUACUAAGAUACUAUUAUAUUUAUUAAUUUAUGCAUGUACAUGUAUCAAUAGGUGCCUAUGAGAGAGCUCUCAAAGAACAAGGAAGUGCUGAUGUAGCGUAUGCUCGUCUUAUGUUACUGGGAUCAGCUGGUACUGGCAAGACGUCUCUUAAGCGUUCAUUAAUGGAAGAACCUUUCAAUCCUCAUACUACAAGCACCAUUGUAUCUGAUGUAUCCUCCGUACGACCAUUUGGACACGAGUGGCAAACAAUGAGAGAAAAAAAAUGGAGAGAAACCACACAAAAAGAUGAAAUUGAAGAACUUGCACAUUUGUUUGAAUCCUGUCUUUCUAGCUCAUCUUCACACCAUCCAUCUGUAUUGAGUACAGAAUAUUCUCAUGAUGAAUCAAUUGCUACUAGUUCCAUAGCUUCUGAUUUGAAUGUGGAGAGUCAUAUCCAAUCAAUACUCGAAAGAGUUGAUGGCAUUUAUUGGACAACAGAAUCACUUGUUCAACCAUUUCUUCAUAUAUGGGAUUGUGGUGGUCAGCCAGUGUUCCUUGAGAUUCUCCCAGCCUUCCUCACUCCUCGUACAAUGUUUCUCCUCCUGUUUGAUGCUUCAGUGGAUUUCAAGGAAAGAUGGCAGUCACGUCAGAAUACUCCUGAUGGUAAAGUGCUGUUUGGUGAGGUAGUGAAUGAAAGCACAAGUAAUCUAAUGGCCAAAUGGAUGUCUACAAUACACAGUCACCUCAUGAAGCACAGCAAAGAUGAUACUUCUCCUAGUCUUUAUUGUAUUGGCACUCAUGGUGACAAGCUGAGGAGAAAAAGGAAGAAAGAAGUAAAGAAGCAGAUACAGUCUUUGUAUGAGAAAAGAGAAUUCUCAGAUCUUAUCAAAGAUGUUCUUAUCAUUGAUAAUACAACCUCAGGCAAAGGAGAAGAAGAAGACCCAAGCAUUACAAAAUUACGCAGAGCUAUUGAUAGUUUUAUCUAUAAAUUAGUCGUCCAAACCCCUGUCAAUUGGGUUCUUUUUCGUAAGGUUGUGCAAGUGCUUAAGCAGAAUUUCAUUAGUGUAUCUGAUGCCGUUGCCAUUGGAGUGGCAUGUCAUAUACCAGCAAAUGAUGUUCCUGAAGUAUUGAAAUUCUACCAUGAGCUAGGAGCUGUGCUUUAUUAUCCUCAAAUAGAAGGUCUGAGGAAUAAAGUCAUUCUCAGUCCAAAAUGGUUUGUUGGUGUCAUUGGGAAGGUAUUCCCACUAGAGAAAAGUUUGAGUGGAACAAAAAGAUGGUCUUUGUUACGAACUAAAGGCAUUCUUGUUCAACCACUCUAUCAAGAGGUAUGGCAGUCAAGUGGUAUUGAUCCAGAAGAAAUAAUUGAACUUUUAGUUAAUUUUCGUCUUGCAGCUCAAGUUCAAACUGAACAUUAUAAUAGCAGAUUCAAGCAGUAUUUUCUUCCAGCAGUGCUACCAGGAUACACAGGUGACCCUAAUGACGUACGACCUGGUUAUAAGCUAAGAGCCUCACCUGUACACAUUACAUUCUCCACUGGAUAUGUACCUCCUGGCUUCUUCACUCGUUUAGCAACUGCUGUUGCUACAAAUGACAAUGUUAAGCUCAAUUUUGAUAAUGUUUAUACAGCAGCACCUAAUGCUGGUUUCUUUGAUCGAUUAGCUAUUACCAUGAAGUUACACUUAAAAGUUGAGAGAAAAAGUAUCUAUCGUAAUCGUGUUUGCUUCUCUUAUGGUCGUCCUUCUGAUGAUUUUGUUCUCACUGAUAUUAAUGAUGCUAUUCAAGUUGAUGUGUUGAGAUAUGUCUCGGAGAGUACUCAUCCUGUUCCUUUGAAAUUAGUUUGUCAAGAAAUAUUGAAGUUAUUAGAUGAAUGUUGCCAAAAGGUAGAAGACACUCUUUACCAUGGUCAUCAUGCUGAUCAUUCAUCAAGGAGAAUACAAUACGUGUGUCAAUGCAAACGUUCCAAGGAAGUCCAUUACAUUCAAGACAUUGAUGCUGAGGAGCAGACAUGUUUUGAUCCUGUUUACUGCAAAAUGAAAAGAAUUCCUCGAUCAUUAACUAAAAACGAGUCACUGUGGUUCAAGAAAGAAAGAGAAGAUUUGUCAAAAGAUAAACAAAUCCAAUGUCUCCAAGAGAUUUCACCUUCGGAAGAGAUUAAUGUUGUUGAUGAUGAUGAUGAUAAGCCAACACUUCAAAAGGUCAAAUCAACUACAAAUUACUCACCCACACAGAUCAGUGAGUCCAAUGAUGAUCAAAAAAAAGCUAUAUUGACUAUCAGGAAUCUGAUAGAAAUAUUACGAGUGUUAAAAGAUGGUCACUUUCAAACUAAAAAAUGGAUUGAUCUUGGUCUCUACUUGGGUCUGUUUCAUAAUGAUUUGAAGACAAUAGAGACUAACUAUCCACGAGAUGCUGAGCAAUGUCUCAGAGAAUGUUUAGCAAAAUGGCUUACAGAUGAUAUUGAAGCAACAUGGGAUAAACUAGCUAUUGCUGCUGGUGAAGUAGGAGAGACAUCAGUUGCUGAAUAUAUAAAAUCAAGAAAGGAGCUUAUUUGAAACGAUUGCAUUAAGAUUGGAAUCAAUCUAUUUAAUUUUUUUAUAUUGUGAAAACUUAGCUGGUUGAUAUUCUAUAACAAUUCUCAAAUGUGUGUGUAUUUUUAGUACUGUCAUAAUUCAAAUUAUUUUUAA